CCCUUUCAAUUUCUACCAUCAAAAUCACGCCCAGUUUGACUCUAAAUCACAAAUCGACUCGAAAAUAUGUCGGGAAAAUUCUCAGCCACACUAAGGAUCGGCGACCUUAAUGAUUUCAUCGCACCAUCACAUGGCUGUCUUGUUUCUAUGAAGUCUGGUUCCGCUGGGCUCGUUGAUAAGCCAAAGAAGCUGGUAAAAACAACACCUGUUAAAGAGACUCUUGAAACAGAUCCAGUAAAAAUAUCACUCAAGGAUUGCUUAGCAUGCAGUGGGUGUAUUACUUCUGCAGAGACUAUUAUGUUAGAGAAGCAAAGCUUGGAUGAGUUUCUAUCCAAUAUAAACAAUGGCAAAACUGUUAUUGUCUCUCUUUCACCUCAGUCAAGGGCUUCCAUUGCUGUGCAUUAUGGUCUUUCUCCACUUCAGGUUUUCAAGAAACUGACCACACUUUUCAAAUCUUUGGGGGUUAAAGCUGUAUUUGAUACAAGUUGUAGUAGAGAUUUGUCUCUUAUUGAAUCUUGUAACGAAUUC